AAUUACGGUGAAUUUUAUUCAUCGUGCACUCAACUUAUGAGCCUCAACAAAGUGUUUGCUUUGAUUUAAUUUCCAAGUGCCUUUUGAAAUUAGACUUCUUGAAGAGCCCACUUACAAACCAAAAUCUGUCGUCAAGGUUAUUGUAGGACUUCACUGAAUAGUCGAGAAGUAGUCGGCCGUUGUUAUUACCUAAGAAAUUAGCCUACCUUACACUAACUCGCGUGAAUCAACAUGAACUUCCCAAUAGCCUCAAAUAAUAUUUGCAAACAUAUACAUAAUGGAGUCUUCGCUUUGUGCGGCGUCAACGUACGGCGUAUGAUCGAAAACACUGUGCGAUGAGAGUUGGUGUAAGCUUCAGGAAAAGAAUAUAUGUUAAUUAUUAAUGCCGGGCCAAGGUUCUGCUGAUGUGAAUCUAGCCUUGCUGGAAAUUAGGACGUUAUCGUGCACUGUUGGGUAACAAAGAAAUUGUCACUUCUCCAAAAUUUAACGCUGCUGGAACAAAUGCACUACAUUCAUCGUAAGAGGAUUAUAUCAAACUUUUCAUCACAUUCUUAAAACAACAUUCUUUUCGGAUAAAACAUAUCGCCUAACCAUAUGGUAAGAGUAACUGAUUUGUUUACCUCAUUUUACUUACAGCCAGCUGAACAGCGAGAUUGAGACAUGGAGCGUCAUCCUUUCUCUAUUGAAAACAUUUUGAAAGAUACACGAGGUGCUGGCAGUAUUUUGAAAAUAGCACCGACUUCCGAAGCGUUGGCCCUGGCUGAGCGAAUGGCAGAUAUCAUAUUGAAGGUCAGCUGCAUGGAGGGAAGAAAGAUUCGACGCACACGGACCACCUUUAACCAGUUCCAGCUUGAGACCCUCGAGAGGACGUUUGCUAGAACUCAUUAUCCAGAUCUGAUGCUACGGGAGCAGUUAGCAGCCUACACCAGUCUGCCUGAAUCACGAAUCCAGGUGUGGUUCAAAAAUCGCCGCGCCAAGUAUCGUAAACUGAAAGGAUCCAAAGAAAGCGAAGACCAGGAAUCGGAGGACAGACCGGAAACGAAAACGAACGACACAAGGGAGGACACUGAUCUUAAGGAGGAGGAAGGGUCGGUCGUCGAGCACCGACCCCAACCUCAGCCGCCAAGCAAGAGACAGAAAGUCGACAGAGAUCUGGAUGAUCGUAGUACCGUAAUACCCGCACGCCCAACACCACUGAGCUCUGCAUACAUCUCAUCACCUUAUUCGCAGAGGUCUUUGCAGCUUGACCCAAGAUUAGCAUCAGGGUAUGGCAGCUCUUAUAUGCCUGACUGGGUUUAUUACGACAGUGUAAAUUACCACCAAUGUCCGCUGACCGCGCAACAACUAUAUCCAAACGUGGGACUUAUUCAUUGACUUUUACUCAAGAGAGGCUUUGCUGUAACAAAGAUUUAACAGGCAUUAAUUUAUUGUAAAUAGUAGAUGUGCGGUAUGCUACAAAUUUUUAAAAGGAAGCUACAAAGAAAAAAUAGGUCCAGUAGUGCAUGUCGGUUGAUGUAAGACGUAUUACAUGUGUUAAGGUAUCAUAGAGAGUUUCUAUAUAGCAUAAAAAUCAUGAUUCUUUAUAAUUGCAGAUUUUUGCAACUUCACCAUUACAGUAGUUAAUGUAUACUUUGUCAUGGUUUUGUUUAGUACUGUUAACUAUUUUGCUUUAUUUUGAAAGUAUACUUUUCUUUUUUUACCAAGAUGGCAUGCUUUUUCAUACUUUUUAAACUUUGCGUGCUUCAUGGCUCUUUGAGAUAUUGUUGUGUUCAGAUUAACUUACAUAUUACUUAAGCGUUAGUUACCGUUCCGAUGCAACAUACGUACUUCAAAAUAGCUUAUUAUCGCGAAUGACACACUUCCCUUGCUGUCGUCAAUUGGUGUCACGCAGCGCACAAAUUCCCAGCUACGAAACUUUCCCCAUCAUUCAAGAAAAACGAAAGCAUAAGACAUAAACAAACAAACAACAACAACAAAAAAAAAACCGCAAAUAAAUUGUGAUUAUAAUAAAUAAAAGUAGACAACAAUAGAACAACUGUAAAUACUUCAUCUAGUGUCACUAACACUUCAUCACUAACACCACAAUAAUACAAGCUCAUAACUCAUAGGAAAGGUCUUAUUUAUACUUAUUAAUACACAUAUUUGUAAUAUAUUUAAGCUUACACCAGUGCCUUUCGAAACUUACAUUCGUUUAUUAAAAUGUACGUGUAAUUGAUUUUUUGUUGAUCAUGCCAAUUUGUAAUAAAUGUAAACUAACCUUAAAACCCGUUACUAUGGUUAAGUAUGUGAAACGUUUCCCAGGGUAGAUGGGUAAUCCACAACGUCUCAGGUGAGGUUCAGUUGAUCACUCCCCUCUUGUUAUUUGAGGACGAAACGCUGAAACAACAAUUCAGACCCAGAAAGUGUAAAAUCCAGUCUGCGGAAUAUUGUGGUCGCGUUGUAUAUCUAAAGGUAUUUAUUGGGAGUCCAUUAUCUCGUUUACUGACACUCCCGGUUAAAGCCAAUGAUCUGCUAAUUCCAAAUCCAGUCCCAUCUGGUUACAAGCCUACUGCCACUCCCCAGUUUCAUUUCAUAACAAUGAGUGACAGGUAUUGAGUGGUUAGGGAAAGGACGCAGUGGCCUAAUGCUGGACUGGGGAUCGCGUGGUCCUGGUGUUACGGUCGAUUUCCGCCGCUCUCUCGAGUCUGUUCGGGGGUAGGAGCUAGGGCGCCUUUCGCGCGGCUGGUAAUCGAGCCUAUCCUGGUUCGUGCCCUGGCCGGGGUCGUUGCGUUGUGUUCUUGGCUAAGGCACUUAACUCUCACAGAGCCUCUCUCCACCCAGGUGCAUGAAAAGA